AUGAAUGAUCCUGGAACGGCGAAUGAUCUAGAACUAGCAUCACCUGUUCGCGAUCUGGAGUACAAGUGGAAGCUCAUUCCACUCUAUCUCCAAGCACAGCCGCUCAUUCGUCACCACAUUGCCUCAUUUAACUACUUCGUCGACACGGAGCUCAAAAAGAUCGUUAAAUGGAACGGCUACGUAACCAGUGAAGCUUCAUCACAAUGGUUUCUCAAGUACCUGGAUAUACGGGUCGGUACGCCCAGCGUCUAUGAGCACGUUGACGUGCAGCGACCGCUGACACCGCACCAGUGUCGCGUCAGCGACCUCACCUACGCUGCGCCAAUCUUCGUCGAUAUUGAGCACUAUCACUGCGGUCGGCGCGAAACGGUAUCGAACUUGUUCAUAGGUUACUUACCGAUCAUGCUGCGCUCUUCGCGUUGCUGCCUCCUGCAGGCUCGCAGCGACACCGAGCUUGCGGAGCGCUUCCGUGAGUGCCCGCUCGACCCCGGCGGCUACUUCAUUGUGCGUGGCGCAGAACGUGUCAUCGUCAUCCAGGAGCAACUCUGUAAGAAUCGCAUGUUGAUUGAGCUCGAUUCGCGCGGCGACCUGUGUGCGACGGUGACGAGUUCCACUGCGGAGCGCAAGUCACGCACUGCGGUUGUUUACCGGGGUGAGCGUCUCUUUCUGCGGCAUAACACCUUGACGGAGGAUAUUCCGAUCGUGGUGAUCUUCCGCGCCAUGGGCAUACGGAGUGCAGCAGAGCAGGUUGCGCUCAUCAGUUGGGAUGCAUCGCUGUUGGAGCCGUCGCUAGAGCACGCCGAAAGACUCGGCGUGCACUCGGCAAGCGAUGCCCUGCGCUACAUAGGGCAGCGCCUGCGUUCGUUGAGCCGCCUGUAUGCGUGGCGAAGUGCGGAGAUAGCUACCGAGCAACGCCAACGACGGAAACCGAGCCUAGAAGAGGAAGCUCGUGCGCUACUUCGGACCCUCGUGCUCCCGCACAUCCCCUGUGACGGCAUCGAUUUUAGCGACAAGUGUCUAUAUCUCGCACUGAUGAUUCGAGGUGUCCUGGCGGCCAAGGCGAAUCCAGAGAGCCUCGAUGACAAGGACUAUUAUGGGAACAAACGGCUAGAGCUUGCGGGUCCCUUGUUGGCGUUGCUCUUCGAGGACCUGUUCAAGAAGCUGAAUGCGGAUAUCCGCCGGCACGCGGAUCAGGUGCUCGCGAAGCCCAGUCGAACGCAGGACUUUGACGUGACGCGCUGUAUACGCAGCGAAACCAUUAGCCACGGAUUUGAACACGCCCUCAGCUCGGGAAACUGGGCGCUGAAACGGUUCCGUAUGGAGCGGCAAGGCGUCACGCAGGUGCUCAGUCGACUCAGCUACGUCGCUGUCAUCGGGAUGAUGAGCAGAAUCACCUCGCAGUUCGAGAAGACGCGCAAAAUUAGCGGACCACGGGCUUUACAACCUAGCCAAUGGGGUAUGGUCUGCCCGUGUGAUACCCCCGAGGGUGAAUCCUGCGGCCUCGUCAAGAAUCUGGCGUUGCUGGCCGACGUUACCACCGAGGAAGAGGAUACGGCGGUGCGUCGCCUGGUGUACGACCUGGGUACGCAGGAUAUCCGAGCCCUCGCCGAUUACGACUUGGCAAGUAGCGAAAGCUGGCGCUCCGCGUCUGGUGACGGCCUCCGACCUGCCGGGGCGCCCGAUGCCGAUGAACGGCCGGCUUUGGUGUUUGUGAAUGGUCUUCUGCUGGGUAUGCACCUGCAUCCCAGCGCGCUCACUGAACAGUUACGAGCGCAUCGCCAGCGCGGGGCCCUGGGUGCUUUUCUUUCCAUAUGGGAAAGCUCAACGCGGGCAUGGCGAGCUGUGCACGUCGCCACGGAUGCUGGACGCGUUUGUCGACCGCUUCUCGUCGUAGAUCGUGAACGGGGGACGCUGCGACUCCAGCGUCGCCACCUGGAGGACCUGGAACUCGGGCUCUUGCGUUGGGAAGACCUCCUCCAGCAAGGUAUUGUAGAAUAUCUGGAUCCGAAUGAAGAGAACGACGCGCUGAUCGCUCUCGAUAUUGCGCAGUUACAACAGGACGAUCGACAGCAGGAACAAGAGCAGCGUUUAACGCAAAAAACGAAUCGUUAUACGCACUUGGAAAUAUCGCCAGAGAGCAUUCUAGGUGCUUGUGCGGGUCUGAUUCCGUUCGCAAACCAUAACCAGUCACCUCGCAACACCUAUCAGUGUGCCAUGAGCAAACAGGCUAUCGGUGCAAUGGCCUAUAAUCAGCAUCUACGAACGGAUGCACUGCUUUAUCUGCUGAACUAUCCCCAGCGACCCCUGGUCCAGACACGAGCAGUAGAGUUUACGCACUAUCAUCGACUACCCGGUGGACAGAACGCUGUCGUGGCAGUCAUGUCGUACAGCGGAUACGACAUCGAGGAUGCCCUGGUCGUGAACAGGGCCAGUGUGGAUCGCGGCCUGGGGCGUUGCACGGUGCUGCGCAAGUACCCCGUGAGCCUGCGCGUCUACCCAAACGGCACUCGUGACACCAUUGAACCGGCAAUGACAACGACAACGACGACGACAACACCGACCGUGGCCUACACAACUGCCACCGAGGGUGCCCCGGGCACCACUGCCUCCAUAUCUGUGACGGGGGUGCGUUCGACGUCCGGCCAGGAACCCGAGCUCGCCGCCGAACGCAGACGACGCUAUCUAGAGCAAGCACUCGAUAGCGACGGUAUCGUUGCUCCGGGUAUGCCGCUGCCGCCGGGGGCAAUCCUGGUCAACAAGGUGAUGCCGACCGAGACGCUGCACCAGCCGUUGCUGCGUUCCGGACCAGAGUCGCAGGCAGGUCAUUCCACAGCGCUCACUGCUGGUGCUGCUGCUGGUGCUGCUGCUGCUGCUGCUGCUGGCACUACAGGAACCCAACGAGAUGCCGCUGGCUCUCUCGCCUCUAGUUGGCAACGCUCGCUUCGACGACCGGCACCGGCGGUUUAUCGAGCGCCGGGCGGUGCCGGUGUCGUUGAUCAGGUGCUCGUCACACAGGAUCAGAAUGACCUGCGCCUCAUCAAAGUCAUGGUGCGGCAAACGCGUCGAGUCGUUGAGGGUGACAAGUACGCUUCUCGUUUCGGUCAAAAGGGCGUCGUUGGACUGAUUCCCCCUGAAACCGACUUGCCAUGGCACGGCAACAGCGGCAUACGCCCAGACAUUGUGUUCAAUCCGCACGGUAUGCCGUCGCGGAUGACAGUUGGCAAGGUGUUCGAGUUGAUCGCGGGCAAAGCGGCAGCUCUUGACGGGUGUUUGCGCGACGCAACCGCUUUUGUGGAACGCACCGGACUCGAUAGCACCGAGGCUUGCGCCGAAGUGCUCCUUCGUUCGGGCUACUCUUACGCCGGCCGCGACCUGCUGUAUUCCGGCAUCACCGGGGAGCCGCUCGCUGCGCACGUCUUUUUUGGACCGAUCUACUAUCAACGCCUGAAACAUAUGGCAGUGGAUAAGUGCUUCGGGCGGGCACGAGGGCCUCGUGCGGUGCUCACGCGCCAGCCCACGGAGGGUCGCAGUCGCGACGGCGGUCUCCGACUCGGUGAAAUGGAACGCGACUCGCUGUUGGGUCACGGGGCGAGUUUGUUAGUGCUCGAGCGUCUCAUGUACAGUUCGGACGCCUUUACGGCUUUUGUGUGUGAGUCGUGCGGGUAUCUGGGCGCCAGAGACUGGUGUCAGGUUUGCCGUCGAGGGGAUGCGAUGCAGCGAGUCCUGUUACCGUAUGCCUGCAAACUUUUGUUCCAGGAGUUACAAGCGAUGAACAUUGUAACCAAGCUGCGACUUGGAGAGGCUGCUUGA